AGUCUCUGGUGGGGGCAACGCUAGUGGACUGUGGGUUUGACACCGAGAGGGUGUGGGGACUCUUUUCCCGGUUCUUCCCCACCCGUGUCACUGCUGCUUCUGUUGUUACCCGCCCGCCCACCUCGCUUUUCUUUGAGCUGACUGGAAAACUGGGGCACGGCGGGAAGCUGGUGGUUGAGAAAUGCCGGAAACCUGGGGCAGGAGAUAAAAAAGAGGGAGAAGCAGAGGAGGAAGGGAAGAGGGAGGGGGACAUGAUAGGAGAGGGGGGAGAUGAGGAGGAAUGGGGGGAGGAAGAAGAGGGGUGGAGGAGGAAGAGGGAGAUGGAAUGGUGGAGGUGUAAAGCUGUGGUGGGAGGGAGGGAGGUGGCAAUGGCAGUUAAAGCACACAAGAGUUUGGUGCAGUCAGGCUCGGCAAGUGGUGGUGUGGCUUGGGAGCUGCAGGCUCGCGAGAAGAGGAAGGCUCAUCACAGCAACUGGUAUUAA